GUUUAAAUAUUAUUUUCAAACAUUUGUAAUUUUCUGUACGAAAAAUUUAUUUUUAUUUUUUUUGUAAACAGAAUACUAUAGAGUCGUAUAGCCAAAUUGACUGUUAUGGGCGAACAGGUGUACGUACCAAAUCAGUUGGACCAAGAAUUCGAACAGUUUUGGACCAGAGUCAGUUGCUUUAAAAUGCAGCUCUUUCCAUACGAUCAAAGAUGUGACUUUGUAAAGCGUGCAAACAGUUGCGUCUACGGUACGAAUGUUGUGCCCUAUAUGCAGUUGAUGGCCUGCGCGAUGAAGUGUAGAAAUCCUUUCGAGGAGUUUGUGUUUGUGACCGUGUUUCUGUGUCUCUGCUUAGAAUUAGUCGUCUGCAUGAUCUACGUUAUUCAUAACUAUUAUGGACCGGUCUUGAAAGUGGUAGGCCGGAUGAUGCAUAUGAGCGAACAUUUGGCCGGUAUUACAGUAAUGUCAUUCGCCAAUCAACUUCCGGAAAUUUUCUCCCAUGUGUGGGCCGUGUACGACACUGACGAGCCGGUCUUUGCCAAUAAAAUGGCUUUGGGUGUGUUUGUGAUCAUGUUUGUUGGCGGCUUAAUUUGCUAUAUUAGUCCGUUCAAGAUGACCGGCUCAACGAUAGUCCGGGACUUACUUUACCUGAUAUUUGCCGUUACGCUGCUAGAGUAUACUCUGAAAAAUGACGGGGAGAUAACGCUUAUAGAGUGUAUCAUUAUAACAGUUGUAUAUCUUUCAUAUCUGACAGUCAGUGUGGUCGACCUAUAUAUGCUACGCAAUACUGCAAAACAGUUGCUGCAGAGAAUAAAGACGCUAAAUCAAAUGGAGAGGGACAGUGUGUCGAACACUGAAACUCGUAGGAUUGUCGAAGAGCGGGAAUUACUGCAAAGUAAAUACGAUGAGCUCUCUGAAAAUGGGAUUGUCGAUAUACUGGUUAUAGAACCGUCCAAUAUCCCGGAGAAAACUGAACCCUUUUUUAGCUACGUGACCAGACGUUCAGGGAGUCGUCGUUCCGUUCUAGUCAAACGAACCGACACGUCGGUGGCAGCUAGAGGCUUUCGGAACAAGAAUCGUUUUCUCUUUCGACAGUUCCUUACUUCGAUAAGGCCCAUUUUUUUGGAAGAUUGGAUUAAAGGGAAUAUUGUGAAGCGUACGUUUUACAUUAUCCGUGCCCCAGUUGUGUUGCUGUGUGCCCUCUAUAUACCAAUGGUGGAUUACGAGAAGGAGCGGGACGGGUGGAGUAAGCUGCUGAAUUGCAUUCAAAUAUUCCUUAAUCCGGCCAUCACAAUUGUCAUUGUGUUAGCGAUGGUAAAUCGGGAAAAGUCCAAGCUCUGGUAUCUCGACGUGCCACAAUUCACAGUAUACGGUGUUUACUCCAUGGUUAUAACUGUGCCACUGGCCAUAAUCGUGUUCAUCCACUCGAGCAGCUUAACUCCGCCGAAAUAUCAUAAUGGAUUUGUGAUCAUGAAUUUUACUAGCUCCGUGCUGCUGGCCAUGCAGUGCUCAACUGAGAUAUCGAUGUUCAUGAAGGUGAUUGGCAACAUCUAUGAGGUGCCGAUCGAUUUUAUGGGUGUUACUUUGGUAGCCAUGACCGCCGGCUUGAAUGAUCUGGUCUCCAGCACAUCGGUGAGCCUGCAAGGGUACGAGAAGAUGGCAUACGCAGCGAUCAUUGGCAGCACCUUCCUUACCGUUGUCAUUGGAUGUACCUUAAUGUUUCUGUCUAGGAUAUUCAGUGGUGGUCAUGUAGUUGAAGCAGAAGCUAUGGGCAAUUAUGCUGAGAACGCCUAUUAUACGCUCUUAAUAGGACUUGUGAUAACUCUGCUAUGGACGAUGAUGUUGAACUUUAAUGCCAGACGCUCUGUUGGCAUAUUUUCGAUGACUAUUUAUGCUUUAUUUCUCUUAUAUGCGAUGCUCAUCAAGAAAGAGAUUAUCCACUCAUUCACAAGCGAUUUAUUAGUUGUAGAUGCUUUUUCGACCUAAAGGCAAAAAUUGCUUAAGUAGAUACAACAGACAACUAUAAUUGCUAACAAACUUGUUUAUGAACAUCUAAUUUAAUAACCAAUAAUAAAUACUUUUUAUUUAGCCAAAAA